GAGGGGGGCUGCUGCGGCCGCCGGAGCCAACGUACAUGCGAGUGCCCUCUCCGCUCACCAGCAUGCUUUACUUCCAGAUGGUGAUCAUGGCAGGGACCGUGAUGCUGGCUUAUUAUUUCGAGUACACGGACACCUUCACGGUCAACGUGCAAGGAUUCUUCUGCUACGAGGGCGCGUACCGAAAGCCCUACCCGGGCCCGGAGGACCGCAGCGCUGUGCCCCCGGUGCUCCUCUACUCGCUGACCGCAGGCGUGCCCGUGCUGGUGAUUAUCAUUGGAGAAACUGCAGUGUUUUGUCUACAGUUAGCUACAAAGGAUUUUGAAAAUCAAGAAAAAACAAUAUUAACUGGAGACUGUUGUUAUAUAAAUCCAUUGGUGCGCAGGACCAUCAGAUUCCUUGGAAUUUAUGCAUUUGGACUCUUUGCUACGGACAUCUUUGUAAAUGCUGGACAAGUAGUAACAGGGAAUCUUGCACCACAUUUUCUUGCACUUUGUAAACCCAACUAUACAGCACUUGGAUGUAAACAGUAUACACAGUUCAUCAGUAGCGUACAUGCCUGUACUGGAAAUCCAGACCUCAUCAUGAAAGCCAGAAAGACAUUCCCAUCCAAAGAAGCAGCACUAAGUGUAUAUGCAGCUAUGUAUCUGGCUAUGUAUAUCACCAACACAGUAAAGGCCAGAGGAACAAGACUUGCAAAGCCUGUUUUGUGUUUGGGCUUAAUGUGCUUGGCUUUCCUUACUGGAAUCAACAGAGUAGCAGAGUAUCGAAAUCACUGGUCAGAUGUAAUAGCAGGAUUUGUAAUUGGAAUAUCUAUAGCAGUAUUUUUGGUUGUUUGUGUGGUAAAUAACUUCAGAGGACGUCAGCCAGAACAUGAACAUUCUCAUAUGGCUAAUCUGGCCCAGAUGCCUGUCAUCAGCAUACCCCGAGUAGAAAGCCCAUUAGAAAAGUCCACAGAGCUUGAAAACCACAUCACGGCCUUUGCAGAAGUCACAUGAUGUUGAUGCUGAUGUGUGUUACUUCCAUUGGACUUCAUCUCUUUUCACAGCCCACACAUGAUAAUUG